AUGCCCCAAGUGAAGUCCGGCUACGAUGGCGCCGGCGGGGACUACAUUAAGUGGAUGUGCGGCGCCGCCGGCGGCCGCCCGGGCGGCGCCAUGGCCAACCUCCAGCGCGGCGUCGGCUCCCUCGUUCGUGACAUCAGCGACCCCUGCCUCAACCCCUCCCCAGUUAAGGGAAACAGAAUGCUCAAACCAGAAAGAUGGCACGCAUGUUUUGACAGUGAUGGGAAGGCUAUAUGUUUUCGUAAAGCCCUUAAAUUCAUUGUCUUAGGAGGUGUGGAUCCUUCUGUUCGAGCGGAGGUUUGGGAAUUUCUUAUUGGCUGCUAUGCCUUAAGUAGCACGUCGGAAUAUAGGGGAAAACUAAGAGCUGCUCGAAGGGAGAAAUAUCGUUAUUUAAUUAAGCAAUGCCAAAGCAUGCAUACAAGCAUUGGUACAGGUGAGCUUGCAUACGCUGUUGGAUCAAAGCUGAUGGAUGUCAGGACCUUGCCCAAAGAAACUGAAUGUGGAGAAGUCAGCACAAGUCAGCAAGCUGCACAUCAAGCGCCUUGCAGUUUAGCAGAAAAUUCAAAUUUGAUUUAUGGUUCUGGUGGCACAACUCAGCCUCAGAAAAGGAAAAUUUGUAGUAAAUCAGCUGAAACAGUUGGUUUCAAUGAACAUAAUGAUAGCUCUAGAUGUUCUGGAGAUUAUGAUGACAUUGGUGAACCAAGGUAUGACAGUGAGGCCUUCAUCGAUUUCCCUUCCCUAACUGGUACAAACUUGUUCGCAAAUGGUGAUGGGGAUAGCAAUGGAGUUGAAGAAAAUCAUUGCAGUUUCUUGGUUCCUGAAGAUAGGGUAAGGCCCCGUGAUGAACGCAUGCAUAGCUUCCAGAUCAAUAAUAACAUAGAUCUCAUAAUAGAGUCAAAUACAUUCUCCAAUGAUAUAUUUCGACCUAGCAGCAGUGACUCAGCCAUCUUUCAGUCGGAUGCUUACAAGCAGGAUAGAUGGUUAGGCGAUACUGGCUAUAGUAAAGAAAUUAUAGAUUCCUUGAGGAUAUCUGAUGCACCAGAAGCAGAUUUAGUUGAUGGAACCAAAUCAAAUGGUUCGAUAGCUGACAAAGAUAGAGUCUCUGAAUGGCUUUGGACACUGCAUCGAAUUGUGGUUGAUGUGGUGAGAACAGAUAGCCACCUUGAUUUCUAUGGAGAAUCAAGGAAUAUGGCUAGAAUGUCUGAUAUACUUGCUGUUUAUGCAUGGGUUGAUCCUUCCACUGGAUACUGUCAAGGUAUGAGUGAUCUGCUGUCACCUUUUGUUGUCAUAUACGAGGAUGAUGCGGAUGCCUUUUGGUGCUUUGAGAUGCUACUGAGAAGGAUGCGUGAAAAUUUCCAGAUGGAGGGACCAACAGGAGUUAUGAAGCAAUUGCAAGCAUUGUGGAAGAUCAUGGAACUGACAGAUGUUGAAUUAUUUGAACAUUUGUCAGCAAUUGGUGCUGAAAGCCUUCAUUUUGCUUUUCGGAUGCUGCUAGUGCUUUUUCGUCGAGAGCUGUCUUUUGAGGAAUCACUUUUGAUGUGGGAGAUGAUGUGGGCUGCUGAUUUUGAUGAAGAAGCAGUCAGGCGUUUAGAAGAGAACUGUCUAGAACCACUGCUAGUGGAUCUGAGCAAUGGCUUAUCAUGUGAAGUCAAAGAAGUGCAUCGGACCAACAGUUCCACAAGAAGAAAACCCAAGACCAGGAAAUCCCAUCGUAGAAAUGGUGAAAUCUGUGGAGCUUGCCACCCUGGAAUGAAAUCCAGUACGAGAAAUAAUCUCUGUGGCUUGUCAGGUGCUACAAUAUGGGCAAGGCCUCAGCAGAUGCCACAUCCAAGUGCAAAUGUGCCAGCAAAGAGUGGAGAUUAUGAACUGCCUAUAUUCUGUGUGGCGGCAAUCUUAAUAAUCAAUCGCAACAAGAUAAUAAGAGGGACUCGCUCAAUAGAUGAUGCGAUCAAGGCAAGUUCCAACUGCUAA